GUGUGUGUGUGUGUAUACGGCCCUUAAUGGUGUUCAGCUGGAUCCGUGGGUACCUGAGGAGGGCUGACUUGAACCAAGACGGGGCGAUGAGUUACGAUGAGGUCCAACACCUCCUGAAGAUCAUCAACAUUGACCUUAACGAGACGUAUGCACGCUCACUCUUCAAGAAGUGUGACCGCUCGUGUAACGGCCGCUUGGAGACGGGGGAGAUCGAGGAGUUCUGUCGGGAGCUGAUGCGGCGGCCGGAGCUGGACGGUGUGUUCCGCCGGUACUCCUCCAACGGCUACGCCCUCACCACCGCCGAGCUGCGGGACUUCCUGGGAGACCAGGGGGAGGACGCCUCGCUGCACCACGCCCAGAAGCUCAUACACACCUACGAGCUCAACGACUGGGCUCAAGAGCACCUGCGUAUGACACAGAAUGGCUUCACCAUGUACAUGCUGUCCAAGGAGAACGACGUGUUUCACCAGGAGCACACACACGUGUCCCAGGACAUGAGCCGCCCCCUGGCACACUACUACAUCAGCUCAUCACACAACACCUACCUCACUAAAGACCAGGUCACCGGUGCCAGCAGCACAGAGCCCUAUAUCAGGGCUCUUAACCAGGGCUGUCGGUGUGUGGAGCUGGACUGCUGGGAUGGAGAUAAGGGUGAGCCGGUGAUCUACCACGGACACACACUCACCUCCAAAGUGCCCUUUAAGGAGGUCAUCAUGACCAUCGCCCAGUAUGCCUUCAAGGCGUCGCCCUACCCUCUGAUCCUCUCUCUGGAGGUGCACUGCUCCCUGGAGCAGCAGGCUGUCAUGGCCCGACACCUGCGCUCCAUCCUGGGCAGGAGGCUGCUCACCAAGCCCCUGAGCGACCAGCCCCUCCGCUGCCUGCCCUCACCUGAGGAGCUGAAGGGGCGGAUCCUGGUCAAAGCCAAGCGGAUUGGUCAGCUGGGGAAGACGGGCAGCUGUGCCAGUUUCACAUCCACCUCUGAUGAUGAUGCGGGGGGCGGGGCUAAGAGUGCGAAGAGCUGUUCUAAGAUCAGUCUGGAGCUGUCUGAUCUGGUGGUGUACUGCUGCAGUGUUCCGUUCCGGAGCUUUGAGGAGGCGGCUCAGCGCUCGCCGAGUGACAUGUCCUCCUUCUCCGAGAACGACGCCCUCAAGCUCAUCAAGGACUCAGGAAGGCAGAUUGUGCGUCUGAACAGUUAUCAGCUGAGUCGGAUCUACCCCUCUGGCCAGCGGCUGCAGUCCUCCAACUACGACCCGCAGGACAUGUGGAACGGGGGCUGCCAGAUGGUGGCUCUGAACUUCCAGACAGCAGGCGAGCAGAUGGACCUGAACCAGGGCCGCUUCCUGCCCAACGGUCGCUGUGGUUACGUACUCAAGCCCCACUUCCUGUGCAAGAGCAACUCAGACUUCAACCCCGAGAACACAGGAGGAGGCCCUGGACACACACCCACCCAGCUCACCAUACGGGUGAUCUCGGCGCAGCAGCUACCGAAGGUGAACGCGGAGCGACCGAACGACAUCGUGGAUCCGCAGGUCUGGGUGGAGAUCCAUGGAGUGGCCAUCGACUCAGCCCGAGACAAAACCCCCCGCGUGGACAACAACGGUUUCAACCCCCGCUGGGACUGCACCCUGUCCUUCCAGCUGCAGGUGCCAGAGUUGGCUCUGGUGCGCUUCGUGGUGGAGGAUCACGACCACACGGCCAAAAACAACUUUGUGGCCCAGUACACCCUGCCCUUCACCAGUCUCUGUACAGGCUACAGACACGUGCACCUGUUGCGGGCGGAUGGAAGCAGCCUGUCUCCGGCCUCCCUGUUCAUCCACGUCAAGGUGAAGCGUCAGGGGCUUCCUCCUGUCAGGAGCGUGGCUGAGCGCAUGGGCAAGGCCUGAGCCCUCUACGCCAGCGUGCCAUUGGCCCAUUCCUUAGAGGGCGGAGAGAAGACCUCCCAUAGGCUGAAGCUCUGGUGUGCUGAGGAGAUGGAGCUCUGAGAGAGCCAAUCAGAAGGCUGCAGUUAGAGGGUGGAGCCUUCUUUCCGUCCUGAAGUAGUUUCCUAGAGAACUGUGAAGUGAAGCCGUCACCAUGGCGAUUAAGGAACUUAAUCUGACACAUUUUUAACGUUGCUACGGAAACGUGUGCAUGUUUCUGCUCUUACUGGUCGCUCGUGUUCUUAACCUCUGAGGUCCGAACAUUUAGGGCCAAUUUUUACGACGGGUGUUUUUCUCUUCUGACUUGGCUAAUCGCACGAUGGUCAGGUGCUCCAAACUAAGGCCCAAAGCACCAAGGGUGAUUCAAUGACAGGCCCCUAGGGUUAACCCUCACCCUAAUAACAACAGCUCAGUUUAUAUGUCCGGAGGCUUGUUUAAUGGAUGUUACACCCAGGACGCUGCGCUCUUCUAGUGAGUGUCGUUUAGCACUGCCGUCUGUGCAAGUACGGCAGUCCAGACUAUUCUCAUUUGUAGUUCCACGUUGGUGGAAC